UAUACCCGUCAGCUGUUAGGACCCGGAGUGCUUUUUUUUCCCCGAGACAGGGAGGUGUAUGUGCAGCGAACGAGUGGGUGGAUCCAGCUGCCAAUCUCCCACACGUCUCUCUGCGAGGUGCUCCUGCCACCAACCUCUGUAACCAACCUGAGUCACUUCGCAUCAUUAACCCGCUGCAGCCGCCGAGGGGAGUGAGCGUAACCAAGGGCAUUCUCUGAAUCGACUCAGAAUACCUCACAACAGGACAUAGGUCUUCUGAAUUGCCAGACGCACAACCGCCCUUGAACAGCUGGCAUUGGGUUUUGCUGUUGUUUUUCGUCUUUAAAUUACGCAGGGAGGACAGUUAUAGCCAUUAAUUGGAGGUGCUGGUGACAUUCAGCCUUAAAGAAAACAAGAGGAAUCUAAUUUGUUUUCAAUGUAGUAUCUUUUCGCUUUCUUAAAAAAAGUCCACAUUCACAUUGCUUUUCCUGGUCACUGCUCACUUUUUUUUUAAGACCUAUUCUAGUCAAACAGGUGUGCGUUUAUUCUUUGCAACUGCAAACGAACAACGAAAUUAAAUAGAAAUUUAUAUGUUUUCAACCAAUCUCCAAUUGCCUCUUGCACUGUUUAAAAGCAGGGGGUGUUUCUUUUUCGUGCAUUUGCUUUGAUUUGAUUUCGCUUCUCACUAGAUCCAGAACAUCUGUCUUAAUAUCCAGUAUUAAUAUUAACUGGACUUUUUCCGGUAAGGUUUAAAGUUUUGGAUUCAUUUCAUUUGGUCACUUAAGAUGGCUGGGGACGCUGUCUUAAUACCGGACGACCGAGCGUUCAGUAAUUUUAAAAAUGAAUGUAACUCUGAAGAUGGAUGGAAUUUGACAUACAACAAAUCCGGGAUUAGUGUGUGGAUCCAGAUUUUAGAGGAGGAAAAAUCCCUGCAUAAGAUAAAGUGUCGGAUGUUGUGUAAGGACGUUUCGGCAGAAACCAUGUACGAUGUCCUCCAUGAUAUUGAGUACAGAAGGAAGUGGGACGCUAACGUGAUAGAGACCUUCGACAUUGGCAAGCUGACAGUGAAUGCAGAUGUUGGAUACUAUGCAUGGAAAUGCCCCAAACCCUUAAAGAAUCGAGAUGUCAUCACACUACGCUCCUGGCUACCCAUGGGCAAAGAUUACAUCAUCAUGAACUAUUCUGUUAAACAUGCUAAAUACCCACCAAAGAAGGACAUGGUGCGAGCGGUUUCUAUUCAGACUGGCUAUCUGAUCCAGAGCCAUGGACCCUCCAGCUGUACUCUUACAUACUUGGCCCAGGUGGACCCCAGAGGUUCAUUACCAAAGUGGGUUGUCAACAAGUCUUCCCAGUUCCUGGCCCCUAAAGCAAUGAAGAAGAUCACCAAGGCAUGCCUGAAAUACCCUGAUUGGAAGCACAAACACAAUCCCCAUUAUAAGCCCUGGCUAUACCCGGAGCAGAGUCGCCUGCCCACUAUCCCCCUGUCAGAGCUGAGCAUCCAGCACGCUGACUCCCUGGAGAACAUUGAUGAGAGUGGCCUGAGCGAGGCCAAAGACGAGCGCUGUGAGGGCAGUGAUGACGAGGGAGCCAACUGAGAGCAGACACGCCCCGUACCCAAGCGGUUUCGAACGAAGGAGAGGUCUACUUGCAUAAAAACACACUCUCCCACACACUCACUGCGCGUUUACCCACACACUCCCACGCACUCGUGCUCUUACUGUAUAAACACAGAAUCUGUCUUAUUGAGACACAUGGUCAUGCCUAGGCUGACACAACAACAGGAGCAUUUGUGUAGACAUGCUAAUACACUAAAGAGACUUUCAGAAAUACAGUCCAUAUCAUCAGGGCAUUUCUGAGAAUCUGAGGCAGGGCUUCUCCAUCCUAAUGCUCUUGACCCCAGUGCCUGCUGGUUUCAUUCCGGCAAAGCUCUAGGAUACUUGAGCUGAAACGUUUGCUGAACCAAAAAUUAGAUUAAUGUGACAUUUCUCUUGCAGCACAAACCUGCAUAUGCUGGGAAAACGAAGAUUAGGAUUGUGAAGCUCUGACCUUGACCUUCUUCCUUCAAUGAAAAUGUACAUUCCUUAUUCCACCGAGGCUGUAACACAGACAUUCGUGUUUGCCUAGCACCUAAAAAACACAUAGGUUUGCCUAGCGGCAUGUUAUGACACACAGACACAUGCAGACCUGGUAAGAAGCUCUGAUUGAACACAAAUAGGAUUGGUUUUUCAACAGGUUUAAGGUAGUAUUUCUGUGCAUUUACUUUACAUGCAGUUACCAAAUAUUUGUGGAAAACCAAUCCAAGGCAAAGCUCAGACUUCAAUCUAAUACACACAAGCCAAGGUUAACCAGAGUUAACAAUAAGGACAAUACAAACUGAAUAGUGAAAAUAGUUUUGGGGAUCAGCCCGCUCAAAUAACGUUUUCUCAGCACUGCCAGCAAAUAGAUUGUUGUAUUUUUUCCUAGUUCUUUGUGAAAAGGACUCUGACACUUCUAAGUACUGUCUCGAUGUGUUUUGACAUCCGUUGUGUCCAUGUUACUGAGACAUCCUUUACAGUUUAAUACCGCUUAAUGGGCUUGUUAGAAGCACAUAAGAUGACCUGCAAAUUAAAGAUUAAAUCUUGACAAAUGCUGUUUUGAAUUCUGCUAUCUGGGGUUGUUUGAAUGUAUGUAGAAAAAAAUACAGGAUGCUUCUCGAGGUUUUGCCCUGUGAUUUAAUUUCUGUUUGUAUUAAAAACAGCCCAUAAACAUCCUUUUUUUUUUAAGGGGCGAGAAGAUGACCAAAAGCAGAAACAGUUUUGCACUGAAAUGGUUUUGCAGGUCUUCAGCGUGUUAACUCUUGGUUACCUUUUCCCUGAUUGUGUUUGGCACAAGUCAGGGCCGUCCAGUGCCAUGUUUGAGUGCUGAUGGAGUUGCGAAUGAUGGCUUCACAGGUUCAGGGUGUACCUGUACUUAAAUUUACAUGGAGAUUAUGAAAAUCAGUGUUGCUGAGAUACACAAAGAGCUAUAUGGAGUGCAAAGUAUAAUUUAAUGUACUGUAGUACUGUACUUUUUAGUGUAGUACUCACUGCUACUUUGUACAGCCACAAGUACCACAAUAGCUGUUGAAAUCAUGGGCCCAAUUUUCCCAAGUGGCAAACUGAUUGCAGUUUGUACCUCAUUGACUAUCUGAUUGAUUUAGAUAGUUUGACAGAUUUGUCCUAUUAAUAUUUAUCCCUAAAGAUAGUAGCAGUGCCCAUGGGCAAAAAUUCCGUGUCCUGAGACAGAUAUCGUAUUUUAAACCACACUACACCUGGAGAACACUCACAAGCAUUCAUGUACAUGUCCUGAGUGACCCAGAAUAGAAAAAUCAUCUUCAAGAUGUAAAUGGAUCCUUUUAGCACUCGCAUAUUAAUGCCAAGGUCUGAUUUGUAGAAGGCUGCACAGCUGGGCUGGGGAAACAGUUCCACAACAACAUGAGGUGAUCAAGAGUGAUUUUCCUUUUAACAUUCAGCCAGCAGGGCAAACAGUUUCCAAAGCUUUAAAUACUUUCACAUACACCAAAUGUACUGCAAUCUUUGUUCUCACUGGCAAUAUAGUUCAACUGAUUUCUGUGCACCCCAACCCAGGCUUGAGCAACUUCACUGGUGGUAUUCAGAUAAGCCAAAAGUUGUUUUUAUCCACCUCAACAUUUCAUUACAACUGGCAACUGGCAACAUUGACACAUCAACAGCCUUUUUAUAUCCAUAUGUUAUGGGUGGUAAGUAAAACAGAAAGCAUGGAUUCUCAUUACUGGUGUAAGAGAGUUCAGAUUUACUUCAGAUGUCUUGAAAAUCAAGUACCAGGAGAUCAUUUGAUCACACAAAAAAGCGGUAAAUUAAAGACAAGGCCAAACAAGAUCUGCUGUGUGUGACGCCACUUCUGCAAACUUGAGUUGGUGCCUGUACCCUACUACUGAUACCGCUAACAAUGGGGCUUGAUAAUAUUGUGCUACAGUCUGUGGCCUUGAAAGAAAGAGUACAGAAAAGAUAUUUGUUUUGUAGCUGAAAUAUACAGAACAUGGGAAACGGUUUCUAGGUCAAGCCCAUAGCAUAUAAAGAUGAUUUUAAUCUGCUCUUUUAUAAAUGAUUUAUGUUUCAUGCAUAUGGCAUUCUGACAAUAUUACCAAUAAAUAUCACCUUUUCAAUAUAUCACCCCUUUCUUCACCAUCAAAUAAGGUCUCUUGUGCUGUGUUUUGUGUUGCAUUUUGUACCAAAAAAAUGCCGUCCCUGAAUCUAUAUUAUCGGAAAGGAGAUUACUGGAACAGUUCCAGAUGCAAAAAAAAAACUAGAAGAAAAAAACAAAAUAUUGAUUAAAUUCAUAAGAAUGGUUACAAAGAAGAAAAAAGCCAUGCGAUCUAGCUUAUUUGGCUUUUAGUAGUUAAUUGAACAAAGGAUUUCUGUAAAUGCUUUUCUUUUUUAUACUUUUCUUUUGCUCUCUGGUUCAUGUUUCGUUGCUGAUUUUGAACAAACUUGGAGUCACUUUAUCAAUGUCUUUGAGGAUUUUAAAUACUCUAGUCCCUUUGUAGUGUUCUCUAUGAGCUGCAGUUGUUUUAGCCUGUCAGUGUAGGAUAUCGAUUUGAACCUGGAAAUAUGGGUGUUUGCCUCUUCUCUGUACCAUUCCCAUAGCAAAAGUACAUUUUUUUUAUAUUUUAAGAACUGAAAGUUUCCGCGAUAUUCUAAAUGCACAAUAAUGCAUUGUACAAGUAAGACCUCACUGAGAAUUACUUGAUCAUUAUUGCCUGUGGCUAACUCAGCAGUAUUGACAAGACAGGCAGAAUGAUAUAUAAAGCGAGUGAAAUCACCACAGCAACUCUACAGACACAAAACAAUAGAGAUCAGCCUAAUAAACAAUAAAAUAUAAUAUCAUUGGGUGUUGCCGCAUUUUCCAUGUGGUAGGAAACUUAAAUGAAUUGUGGGGAUAAAAAUUGUUUAAACAUUGUUAUUCACUUUUACUUUAAAUGACGUGUAGCAGGCUCAUUUUUUCAUCAGCUUGCCUUCCAAAAUCAAGAACUUGUUUCUAUUGCUAUUGAGGGUCUGGUUUUUAAUUUCUUUCUCCCCUUUCAAAUUAAGAGAAUCAUGUUCACUCCUGGACAUGCAUCUCUCUCUUGCCACACAUUCACCUCUCUCUUUGUUGAUUAUUCUUACUGUAAAAACCCAGAGUGAGCUUUGCUGCUGCUCCAGUUAGCACAAAGCUUCAGACUGGUUUCAGCACGUCAGUUCUAGUGCACUUCUCCCUGGGUCUUAAGCUCAGUUGACCAAAUGCCAUUUUUUUUUCACUACAGUUAUUGUAGCAGUUUAACACCCAUCUAAGCUUUCAGGAAGCGAAAAGUGCCUCUACAGUAUGUGUUUAAUCUUGUUUUCACUUUGAUCUGGCAUUUUUAAAGGUUAGCUUUCUUUUCCCCUUGGCAAAUCAAGCAUGUCACAGUCUCAUUAGGGGUAGACAGACAAUAAGAAGAAAUAAACAAUGUUCGUUCGAAGAGACAGAGGGUGUUUUGUUUCAUUUCUUCUUUCCUCAGUAAGGUGUACAGUCCACUUCCCAGAAGAAUGGAAAAUUCCUCUGCUGCAGACUUAGAAUACUGUCAUUAAAAAAUCAUGGAUUCGAGGAUGGAGCCUCUGUAACCACUCGGCUCCAGUUUACACAGACUGAAAGCUGACAUGUCACUGGUGAAAAGUAAUGAAGCAUUUGAAGGGACAAAGGAUUCCUUGCCUGAAGCCUGUGUGUUUGGUUUCUGUAACACUGUAUUGUGCUAUCGCACUGCUACAAUGGACAUAUUAACCAAAACUAAAGAUAAAGACUGGAUAUGUAUGAUAGAAACAAGAAGGACACUAAUUCAUUUGCAUGCUAAAUGAUCGCUUGCCAUGUGUAAAAUAAACAUAAAGUACUAUCUUUGAAAUAGUUAUAUAUAUUAAUAAUUUUGUUAUUAGAAAUACACAGAAAGAAAAGCUUAGUCAUAAUACCAUUACCAUUUUGUUUGAAAUGAACUGUGUGUCACAAUAGUAGGUGGUGAAUAACAUGCAGUUGAUACUGUAGUUUCUAGUGUUGGUGGGGGUCACUGCAUCUGUGGGCCUUUGUAGUUUUUUUUCUGUGAGGUUGUUCUGAUAUUUUCUAUGGUUUGCAUUUUCUUUUCAGUACUGUAUAUACCUGGUGGGUUUUGAUAUUGGAAAGGGUGGGUGAACAGUAUCACUUUGGUCUGUAGCUUCUCCACUCCAUUCUUUCCAGUCUUGAAGCGGCUGUAAUCAUAGGAAAAGUCGUAAUGGUCAUAAAUGCAAAAGCAGUUUGUGAUGCUGUAUAUUGUCAGUAGUUUAAUUUUGGAAAUACUAGAACCAGUGUUCAAAAUGUAGAUAAUAGUAAUUAUAAUUUAUUUUGAAAAUGCAACCACGGUUACAGCUAUGGAUUGGGGGGUAUUAUUGUUUUUUUAAAAUAAAUGUACACCAUAUACAGAGAAACAACAAACUAAUGAUAUGUAAACUAAUGUACGUUGGUACUUCUGGUCUAGUUGAAAAUCUGCUUUGCCUUCCCACGUUGCCAUAGCAACACAGCACUGCAGCAAAGUGUUUAUUGCUGAUUAUAUCAAAGAGAGAGCGCUCUCAGAUUGGCAACAUUCUUAGGAAAGGGCACUUGAGCAUGUUAUGGAUCUUAGCCUCAUGCCUUACUGAGAGAAAGAGAAAGAGAUAAAGAAACUGCAGUGACACACUCGCAUGUCUUAUUCUGUGUGUUAUAAAUGCAAGGUAAUUAUAUGUGGAGCUAGUUACAGUGACCCUGAUGUCCAGAAAAGUAACAUAAAAAAUAACAAAUAAAUAUAUAAAGCAAUAUAGCACUUCACUUGUAUUGGCUGACAUUCUUCCUUGUUAUUGUAUCAAACAACAAUGGUCCAGCAGAACAAUCUCCAAAAAGCUUCUCCAUGGCUAAAUGAGACAAAGUUAUGUUGUGUCUAACUGCUGCAAGCAAAAGUGCACCGUGCAGUACCAAAGCAUUUUAUGACCGAUAACAUCUUUCCAUGUUGCAGUUACUCGUCAUCCGUUUUGCAAAUUAAUUCACAAGAGUAACUUUUCCUGGAAGUGUGUAUUUGGGAAGAAUUUCAAAGUGGAAUAAUAGCACACCAUGGGAAAAACUAUUGAGAGAAAUAAAGACAGGUUUGUGACUUUUACUGUGGUUUAGCAAAUGAGAAGUUGAGAAAUGGCCUCCUCUCAUUUGAAACCUUUCUGAAACGAGAGCAGCUGAAGUAAUGUAAGCUCUUUUUCAAACACCGCUGAUCUCAAAUAUGUACUAUUUUGUAGUUUCUCAUUGCUGUAAUAAAACAUUUUAGCCCUACCGUG